UGACACUACAGCACUGCUGACAUGCUUAUGUUUACCGUCAAGCCCGGACAAAAACAAUAAUUAACUGGACCUCCUUUCAGGCCGCAUGGUUAGACCAGAUAACAUACUAGGUCAGGAGAGGAAAUUUGGAGGUGUUAUGGAGACGCCCAGCAGCCUGGAGUUGGACAGGAGUCCUACGGCCCAGUUGGGAGCGUCCAGGCCGGAAGAGGGACAGGGGCUGGCAGAUUCUUUGAGAGUGCGGGUAGAAAGAAGCGUGUUUACUGUGGAAAGAGCUUUGCUAAGGCAGAAUUCAGAGUACUUCCGUGCUCUGUUCCGCUCUAAGAUGAGGGAGAGUCUUCAGGAUGAGCUCCAUUUACAAGGGGGUCUGAAAGCAAGAGGUUUCCUCAUUGCUCUGGCUGUCUCCAGAGGUGAACAGCCAAGUAUCAGGGACCCUGAUGAGAUUGUGGAAGCUGCAGAGUGUGCUGCCUUUCUUCAAGUGGAAGCCUUGAGCCAGUACCUCACAGACAUCUUGGACACAGAAAAUUGCUUUCUUCUCUACCACACGGCCGCUGUGUUUGGCCUGUGGAGAUUGUUUCAUAGAGCAGCCAUGUUCAUACGCGAUGCCUUCCAUGACCUGCAAGAGGCAGCAAACUUUCUGCCCGACGAGAUGCUUUGCUAUGUGGAGUCUCUCUCACCAGCUUCUUUCAUUGCUUUAGGGACCCACUCACCUUCUAUGAAGAUUCUGCAGGACGCCUUCAGAACAGUGUGGUUCCUGAAUGAAGAGCAGGGAACCUGGAGAUACCUCACUGACCUGCCCACUGAUGCUAGUACUUCCAUGGCCGGCGUGGCUGUGGUAGAGAACCGGCUGUAUGUGGUUGGAGGGGUGCGAGGGAUCAGCAAAGAGACAGUGGACUUCAGCUUCUGCUACGAUGUAGAAAGCAACACCUGGAGCAUGUUUGACGGGCCUCAACAGCCAAGGUAUAACUUCAGCCUUGUGGGCCAUGAAGGACGUCUGUAUGCCUUUGGUGGUGAGUAUGACAAGAGGAUCAUAUCUUCUUCAGAAGUGUGUGACGUCUCCACCCGUGAGUGGACUACUGUGAAGCAUGCACCCCGCCCUGUAGCAGGGGCGGCGAGCGCAGUGGCACGGAGAAGGAUCUUCAUAUGUUUCUGGAAGCCUCCUGACACUACGGAUAUCUAUGAAUAUGUUCCAGUCAAGGACGAAUGGAUCCUGACCACCACUAUGAUACGGCCUCAGAGUUACGGCCACUGUAUGGUGGCGCAUGGUGAAAAGCUUUAUGUGAUGAGGAACGGCCCUUGUGAUGACUUCCUGAGGUGCCUCAUGGACUGCUACAAUAUCACAACGGGUCAGUGGACAUCCAUGCCAGGACACUACGUCAACAGCCGGGGGGCGCUGUUUACGGCUAUGGUGAGAGGGGACUCUGUGUUCACAGUGAACCACAAUCUGACUCUGGAGUACCUGAUCUGUGGGGAUAAGUGGAAACCCCAAAGGCAGAUGAACGGUUUUCCAAAGCAUGGAUCACUCUGGACCUGCAUGCUCAGGUUACCCAAGAUUAUAGAUAGAGAAGAAAUAAACAGUAUAGAUGAAUCACUGGAGACUGAUACUGAUUAUCAGAAUAAAGAAGAGAAUGUGGAAGUUAAUUAAACACCGUAAAGUAAUUAGCUCUUGAUAAAACAAUUAUCACUGCAAAAUAUAGUUUGUUACUGGUCAAAAUACUAUUGACUUCUGCAGUACAGCAAAAAGUUGCAAUAUGUAAAUAAGCAAUAUGCUUUUGAGAAGCCACACUAGCUUUAAAUGUUCCAAAUAAGUGUUUGGUUAAAUCAAAGCAUUCACAUGAUCUAACAAUGGUAAAUAAUUUUGAUCAAAAUAAUGCAAGCCAAUCUUUAACCUUGUGACAUGAAGAUGUUUUUAAUAUACUAGCAUAUUACUUGUAAUAUAUAAGGCAUCUUACAAUUACAAUUUGUGGUAUGGUGUGUUGUAUUACAGAAUAUUUCAUAUGUCUGAAUGUACUUUCUGAAUGUACUUGAGUAUCAAAAAUAAAGGUACUAUGACUUAUUUUAGAUCUUGUAUGACAUUACUUUGAUUAACAUGAUCUAGAAGGCCUGUGUGACUCUUGACAUGACACUUGUUCAUGUCUUCAGCCACACAGGCUUAAUAUAACCUGUUUAACAAAAUAUUUUUAUAAUUUUUACUUGUUGAUAUUCAAAUACAUUCACAAGCAAGUACUUUUGUACUGUUACUCAAGUAGAAACAUAGAAAGAAUAUUUAUGCUUAUAUUUCACCAGGAGAACAUCUAUUUGUUCUUACAUAUAGAAAUAUUGUAUAUUACUACUGUACAAUAAUGUUACUGCCAAUGUUAUUAUUACUUACUAUUGUACUAUUAAGCCUGUGAAUUAGAUGUAUUUGAGCAGGUUAAAUGCUGGUAGUACGGCAGUCCAAGACUAGAGCUGGGCACCGCCGGUCUGAAUAAGAACACUGUUAUUCUCCCACUCAAAUACACAAACGACACGUCUACACAGCAGAGGUGUCUCCCAAAUUGCUGCUGCAGCUGUUGUUAAUCACCGGCUGCACCCUGUGGAUCUGUGGAUGGGUCUGGAGUUCAAAGCCUUCUCCCUGGGCUCCAUUAAUUCUCUCCAUCCUCCUGUCUGUCUAUGCACCCCACUACAGACCCCCACAGAACACUGGAGCAACUACAGGGGCUACUCUCUCUCUCUCUCACACACACACACACACACACACACACACACACACACACACACACACACACACACACACACACACACACACUUUAAGAAAUGCUCACACAUCACACUUCAGAUGGGGAUUAAUACCUUGGGUCUGAAGGUGAUUAGAGCAUCUAUAAAAACAGAAUUCAUUAGGGAUUUUGGAGCUGCUAAUAGUGGGAAUUUAUGGUUAUUCUGAGGGUCUGUAAAGCACAGACACGGCUGUUUUACUAAGCGUGAGAAACACACUCAUUUGGCACCUCCACAUGAAACCCACAUUAAACAAAUAGCAGAUAACAUGGGCAUGAAAACAGCAUCUGUAAUGAAUGACAGAACCAGGUCAGUACCACACAACAAAAAAUCUGAACUAUUUGCUGCAUUUAAAUGACAGAUUAAGGCAAGAUAUUACAGGCAGAAUUUAUGGUUUUAGUCCUAGCAGUAAUUUUUUUAGAUUUAAAAAAUGUCAAAAUUAAGUAGAAAUGUGUUCAUCAGCAUGUUUAGUCAAUUCAAGUCCACUCAAUUUAGCAACUUUAACGAAGGAUCAGCUCAUCUAUUCUUGACACCGUUCUUGACCAUGCUGUGUCAAAUAGUUUCCUGUAGAAUCUAAAAAUAACAUCCAAAUAUGUCUAUCAUUAUCUUCAAAAAAGGCUUAAAAAUCAGCUUUUCUCUACAUUUAGAACCAAAAAUCUCAGCUUCUAAAAUACUUGCAUUCAUUAAAUUGUACAUGUUCAUUUUUACCCCUGUUCUGAAAGAUAUUACAGAAAUAUUUUCUAAUAUAUUGCUGAUGCUAGAAUGUGUACAACAAAAUGACCUGAAAAAUGUUUAAUGUUAUUUUUUUGCUUUUACAAAUGAAAGUGCUCACUCUACUCACAACUAAAACAAUGUCUCUGGGAAAGCUGUAUAGGUGCAUGUGACUAGUAAUAGUCUAAUCUUAAUCUUUUUUUUUUUGCAUAUUUACUGUUAACCAAUAGACAUUUUUUAUUUUAGCAAUGAAAUGACAGUGAAGUCAAACCGAGUCUUUUUAACAUACUAUAUCCAGAUAGUAGUGGGUUGAGUCUGGCUUAGGUGUGUCUGCAUGUCCAUACAUUUGUCCCAACUUCUGUUAUGAUGACUAUUGCUGUUUGUAAAGAUUACUGAAUUAUAUGUGUUGAAAUGAAGCUGGUAAUCACUCACUGUCCUGGGUGGAGGCAGCUCAGGAAGACUCUUCUGUGGGGCAGAGAUGUGCUUUCCUGCUCUUCCAUUGGCCUCUGCUUCCGCUCUGUUGUCUGAUUACCAUGUUAUAUUCCACAUACAGGCCGAAAAGAGAGGACAAAAGGAAAUAAACAAAGCAAGUGUGUUCUCGAGGCUUCUAGAA